AUGCAUUCCAGGCGCGCUUUCCAGAUAUUGAAACACCCCGGCACGAGGUCUUUGACUGUGCCCAUGACGUCUCUCGUUGCGCGAACUGGUGCUGCUCGAGUCUCCACUCCUGCAACUUCGGCUGCUUGUCGUACAAACACUUCCUCUGGUUUUGUUACCGUUCCUUGGCAAGUCCUUGGCCCUCGUUUGAAGGGAAGAUCGCACGACUUCCAUUCGUUGAAGGUCUCCUCUCGAGCUCCGGUUUCGGCGGCAGGGGGUUAUUCUCUUACUGAGAGCAGCGAAGACCUGAGCGGCACUAGGAAGAGCAGCACGAUGUCUAGCCUUACGCUUGGUGAGGUGGUGCCGAAUCUUGAGUUCGACUCCACUGGAGGACGCAUGAAGCUGCACGAUUUCGUGGGCGACAGCUGGGCUGUGGUGUUCUCGCAUCCGGGCGACUUCACUCCCGUCUGCACCACGGAGCUAGGCAAGAUCGCGCUUCGGAGCGGGGAGUUCGAGCAGCGUGGAGUGAAGCUCAUUGGGCUCUCGUGCGACAGCGUGGAAGACCAUGUGGCUUGGAUCAAGGAUAUCGAGGCAUACACCCCAGGAGCCAAGGUCGCGUAUCCAAUAAUUGCUGAUCCAUCGCGUGAUCUGGCCCAGAAGCUUAACAUGCUCGACCCUGACCUGAAAGAUAGUAAUGGUCGGCCGCUCACCUCUCGUGCACUGCACAUCAUCGGCCCAGACAAGAAGCUGAAGCUGAGUUUCCUCUACCCUGGUUCUGUUGGCCGUAACUUUGACGAAGUGCUGCGAGCAAUAGACGCUCUCCAGCUUGCUGCAGAGCGCCAGAUAGCCACACCCUCAGACUGGAAGAAGGGUGACAAGGUGGUGGUCCCCCCCUCGCUUUCUGAGGAUGAGGCAGCCAAAAAGUUUCCAGGGCAUGAGACCGUUGAACUGCCUUCUGGCAAGAAGUACCUCCGUUUUACCGACUUGAAGAAGGCUGGCUGA